UACCUAACUGUGGAAUACGCGUGUACUCAGCCCGGUCUGGUGUCCACAGGCCCGCCCUAGCCGGGGUGAGUAUUCAGUCCGGGCAAGCGAAGCACAACUGAAAGAGGACAGGAAGAAAGGCAGCGCGGAGACCCCCCUUCAUCCUGCCUCGUCAUCCAAGGUCAAGCGGCCGUGGCGGCGCCACAUACCGGGAAGAACAUUCGCGCAGCACACGUCGUAGAAAUCACGGUUUUUCUCAAAAUUUUCCGUUGUGACCUAGUGCAAAUUAUAUACGCAGCGAAAGAGAAAGGAUUGGUGCACGAUCCAAAAGUGGUUUUACGCAAUAGUAAUGAAAACUGUGAGCUUGGCGUGCCUCUGAAAAUACGCUAAUUAGGCUUAUUCAGCAUGCAUUUACUAAUCGACUAUAUGUCUGAGACAUCUUAAACAACUUUAGGAUCAUGCCCGGUACCUUAAUCUCUUUUAUAUCCGAAAUCGGUAAUCGCAUGUCAAAUAGUUUCGAUAAAAACAACUAAUUGUUAAACCUCUGCAGCUCACUUUGCACUGCAUGUAGGCGGGCCCCUUAAGGGCGCCGCCUACUUGGAGAGCGCAGAGACGUGCAGAGCCUUGGAAAUCCGGCUUUUAUUCGAAAACUAUUCCACGUAUUGUUUUGCGGUUUGGCUACGAAAAGCAUUUAAGGAACAGCUUACAGGCCUAUAAUAGUGAGACGUUCUAUUUUCCCUUACUAAUAGGUAAGUUUUGACUGUGAAAAUGGCUAAAACGGCACUUUUUGCGGCGAGAUUUAGGUAAGAAGAUUCAUUUUCCCGGGCUUCGGAAAAUUAUAGACCCGUAGAAUGCACCUUUGUCUUGCGUCGCGUGAUAAAAAAAUAUAGUUUCGUAGAUGAAAAUCGAUGGUUCUACGAUGCAGUUCUAAAGCACUGCAUGCCAGUAAGACACUCCAGUGAAGUGGCGCCACCACGCGCUCCGCUCGGCCGCUAUCAGUCCGGGAGGGGAAGUAGCCUUGAGCGGCGGGAAGGUGGGUAUGCGGGGGGAAAAGAUCCGGCUGGUAGGGGGAGUGCCCAGCUGCUGCGUGUCGCUAACCUGAGUCUAGGGCAGUAGCUGUCUUUGACAGACGCACAGUGCGAGGUGCGAGAUAAUAGUUCGUACAUCCAUCAUCCUGCGUGCGUGCUCUGAUACUUGUGAAUGUGUGUGGGUGAAUUGACUCGCGUCAAGUGCCAGUAGAACGUUUAGCCUUUAUACCCAUUUAGAAAGGUUUGAUUUACAAAGGUAUGGAAUCUGCGAGAAAGCAAGUUUUGAAUGAAGACAAAAGAAGAGGUAAAAAACGUCACUUGCGUCUGAAUGCAGUUCGAAAGAAAAGGAAAUGGAACAAAGGGAAAGUUUUACGUUUAGUUGACGGCAGGUAAGUGUGUUGUACAUUUAUUAAGAAACAUGUAAGCCUUCACUUUCAGUUGAAAAGGUUAUAUAGCAUAAUUUUUUAUAUUCCUUUACUAUCCAUUUAAGCUGUAUUAAAUUUAAAUGUUCUUUCUUUCACAGGCUGCGUUACGUGAAAAACCAUGAAACAAGGUUUUCCAACUAUACUUCACAUGAGUCUUUCAGUACAUCCAAACACGCGGGGAAUAUAGAAAAUGCUGUUGAAAGGAAAACCCAGACAGACAGUGAGACUUGCUACAUAACGUUGUCUCCAGCAAGGUGUUCCACCUCUCCCGGCGAUACUGCUUCACAUGAUCAAGUAGACAUCGAUGGAGCAGGUUGUUCGUUUUGGACAAACGAAAUAUUGGCGUCACCGCAGAAAGUCACAACUACUGAUUAUACUACAGAAGAAUAUGAUGUUACUGGAAUAUUUUCAGACACGGAACAAGAGUCAAAAUCGGUCACAAGUGACUACGCUCAGCUUCUUGAAGGCGUGGAGAAACUUUCGUCACCAGCAUCUUCACCCGAACAAACCUCUCCUAAAAAAACUUUCAGCUCUGAAUCAUCAACCUUUCCGAUACAAGGCCGUCGACUGUUUGAUGUUGACUUUCUAUUCAAAGAAAUGUCGCGCAUCAGCCAACAUAACAAAGUGUUUCAGUGUUCGUUUGAAAAUAUGCGAUUAAUAAAAGAACAUAAAAAUGGAAUGAUAAGUAAAUUUGAUUUCAAGUGUAAUAUGUGUGGUACUGUUGAAUCUAUUUUCUCGGAGGACCCCCAAACAAAUAAAGUCAACUGUAACAUGGCAUGGGUGAACAGUAUGUUGUUAACGGGCCAAAGUUUUACACAGUUACAAGACAUAACUUCAACUUUGGAAAUGCCUUGCAUGGCCAAGGAGACUUUCAACAAAUGUCAAAAAUCCCUAUCUUCUGUUAUACACGAUGUCGCAUGUCAAAGUAUGGAAGCCGCUGGCAAAGAAGAAGCAAGAUUGGCAGUAGAAAAUGGCAGUGUGGAUGUCGACGGAGUUCCUCUCAUAGCAGUUGUCACUGAUGGAGCUUGGUGUAAACGAUCGUAUGGAAACAAAUAUGAUGCUCUUUCUGGGGUGGCUUGCAUAGUAGGAAAAGAAACAAAAAAAGUUAUCUUCGCAAGCACUAGGAAUCGAUACUGCUGCAUAUGUUCACGAGCAAACAGUAAAAAUGAGACGCCAAAGGACCACGUCUGUUUCAAAAAUUGGAACAAGUCUUCAAAUGCCAUGGAAUCUGACAUCAUAGUGGAAGGUUUCAAAUGCAGUGUUUCCAUGCAUAACCUGAAAUAUCAUCAGCUGAUUGGUGAGUCACAAGGUGAUCAGUUAAUUUCAGAUGUUAUUAAUUAUUAUGUAUUUGUGUCGAUAGUAUAUUUUCGAAAUAAUUUCAAUGCCGUGUGGUAUUUAAUGUUUUUAUUUCAGACGUCGCACGUUUCAUAUGUUUUCAUACAAUGCUGCAUAUUGUAACGAACUGAAAUGUAGCGCUUUUGUAACAGCUACUUCCUAAAUAUACAGAAAGGUAUUAGCUCUACAAUGUUUAUAAAUGCAACCUCGCGAAGAGUAGGUACUAAAUAUUGUGAACUAUAUGAAAAUAGUUAGCCUCAGAGCAGUAACCGAGCGCUCUGAUAUGCCUACAAGAAGAACGUGCAUAUGUGGCCAUUUCGAGUUAAAAAUGAUUUGGUAGUUUUCUGUAGGUAUUUUUCAGUGAGCCAUUGUAUGUAAGUAGUUGUGUUAAUUAAAGAAAUGUUGUCUUGCACUUGUAUUUCAUACCCCAGAAAUAGCAUAGCCAUACAAUUCAGAGCCUACCACUAUGUUAAUAUAUGUACUUCUUUGAGGGCUUAACUGCAGAUUUAUGUCUUGGUAUGGUUCUUAGGAAUAUUUUUAAAGGGUAUGCAAGGUAUAAAGUUUUCCAUUUAGCCGAAAAAAGGACCCAAAAAUAUUGUAAAGUAUGCGGCCUUAGUUUUAAUAUUUGUGAGAAAUAGAGUAUUGAAGUCUUAUCUUGUUUAAGGCCUUGUUACAGCGUUUAACGGCCCUUCAAAAACAAUAAUUUUUAAUCAAUGUUUUGUCUAUACAGAAAAAUCACCCAGUUUUAACAAUACCACCUUAAACGUUUUAUUAAAGUAUUGUCAUACCAAUAAACAUAACAGUUUUUUUCCAAUAUUUCUAAAUAAGUUAACGCCAAUUUUUUGCCCGAAAAUGAGAUAAAGAAUGACAAAAUAAUGUAUGCGGCCGAAUUAUACGUGGUAGAUUUAAAUAGCUUCUAAGGAUUUGUUCACAGUUUCAUUUCACGGAGUCAUGAAUUUUCUCAAUUCAUUACAUUGGAAACUAACUGAUAAAUUUAACUCAUUAUUUUCGAAACGCUGCAACAUGGCCUUGUAUUUUUUUUCGUAUAUAAAUAAAUACCUAUACAUUUAUCACAUUAGUACGUAGCGUGUUGUAAACAUUUUCAGGAGAUGGCGAUAGCAGCAUUAUGACCCAGUUGGUGAAGGCUCAGCCAUAUGGUCCAAAUUUUACAAUCACCAAAAUUGAAUGUACUAACCACAUACUGCGAAAUUACCUUCGAAGGAUACGUUGUAUUGCUCAAAAGACGAAAAACGAAAUUGGUUCCGUUUCUCCUGUUCUACGAAAGGCUGUAUCUGACAAACAACUCCGCCUUCGAGCUGCAGUCACCGGAGCUGUGCAGCAUAGGCGUGCUCAAAAAGAGUUUCCAAUUCACAGAAAAAUUGAGGAGUUAAAACUUGACAUUUACAAUGGUCCAUUUCACGUAUUUGGUGACCACUCAGGAUGCGCAAUUAGAGGUUAUUUCUGUAGCGGAUUGAAAGAAAACGAGGAAAACCUUGUACCGCCUCUUCAAGAGGCAGGUAUAUGGUCAGAAAUAAUAGCAGCUCGAAACAUUGUUGCACAUCAUGCUGUAAGCCUUUUACAUAAUGUCAAUACUAAUACAGCAGAGUCUUUCAAUAAUGUGGUUUGCAAGCAUGUUUCAAGUAAACGAGUAAACUUUUGUUUGAGUGGUGGCUACCAAACAAGAAGCGAGCUCUCUGUAAUUUCUUUUAAUUCAGGUCCUCAAACACAGUCCUUUAUCCAUAAAGGUUUAACAAACAGUAGUCCUGGAAACAUCACUAAAGCUCACAUACAGCGCAAGGAACGUUCAUCAGAGAAAAGAAAGCUCAGGAGGCUGACAAACCCACAAACAUUUAAGCGCAGAAAGUUGUAUGUGACAGGUCCUGACAAGGAUUAUGGCUGUGUAGAACAACGCAUACCUGACAUGGAACCAGACGAAUAUGCAAGACAGACACAGGAAUUUCUCGCUAGUCUUUGUAAAACGGAUGAAGAACGAGAAAAUCUACAAAUCGCUACCAAAGGGCAAAAUGAUUCUGUUCUCUGGAAAUCAGAAAGAAUCAAGCGACUGACAGCAUCAAAUUUCGGUAGAAUCUGUAACAUGAAGAAAUCCACUAAGCGAGCAAAAUCCGUUGUCAAUAUAUUGUACAGUAGGUUUUCAGGGACGGAGGCCACAAGGUAUGGAUUGGAAAAUGAGCAUAGCGCCAUUCAGGAUUUUGAAGUGAACUUUGGUAAGAAGGUGGCUCGCUGUGGCUUAUUCGUCGAUAAGGAACACCCAUGGCUGGCAGCAACACCUGACGGUCUUGUUGGAGAUGAUGGUAUCCUUGAAGUAAAAUGUCCUGCCGUAGCUGCCAGAAUGUCUCCACAAGAAGCAGUGGAACAGAAAAAAGUAACAUUUUGUAACAUUGUGGAUGGUAAAAUGUUUCUGAAGAAAGGACAUGCUUACAUGUACCAAGUGCAGGGACAACUGCAUAUUACCAAUCGUAAGUACUGUUAUUUCGUCCUUUGGACACCACGUGGCUUACUAGUGCAACAAAUUGAAAGAGAGAACAGUUUCUGGAAAGAAAAAAUGAUCAACAAAUUGACACAGUUUUACAUGACGUGCCUUCUACCGGAAAUAAUAGAUCCACGUUAUCCUAGGAAUAUGGAAAUCAGGGAACCUGAUAAUACACUGUAAACAAUUGAUGGACAAUAGCCUUACAUGUAAGCCAAAAUUACCACAAACAGUACAGGUAAAUUCCCAUUUUUAAAGAAGGAUAUUAACAACAAAAAUGAUUUCAUAAAGAUUACAGUUAGGCCUAUAGAUUUUUGUUUUCUAGUCCAAUAAACAAUUGAAACAUAGAAAAUUGGCGUACUAUUUUGACGAAAGAUGUUUGAAAUGAUACAGUUAUACAGACAAGUGCCCAGUUGCCAGUUUCCGUGCCAACAGAAAAAAAAAACCUUAUGUUUGUGUAUGCUGUGAAAUACUUAAAUCAAUAUAAUGUAACAGUGUAAUUGGCAUGCAGUGUCUUAUAACUUUGCACUUAGAUUAUAUUAUUAUGGGCCGUAUCUCAUUGUGAAUCGUUUUAAAAGAUAUACGUAAAAUGUUUGUUUCACUCUACAUGUUAUAUUGUGCGCUGAUAGUUUACUACUAGUAUCGAGCAGCUGUUUAUUUUUAUUUUUGGUUUUGAUGUAUUAACAUUAGUUUCAUUAUUUGUAUUUGCACCGUAUUAUUUAUCAAGAGUGUUCGAAACGAAAUAAUUUGUUAUACUGAAUCUGAAAUAGUUGUAUGAAUAUAUUUAUUUUUGUAUGUUUAAAUAUGUAAGGUGGAAUAUUUUUUUGUGUGAACAAUUAGUAUGUAUGUUCAGAGCUAUUGUAUUGUAGCUAUUGUCUCAACAGUUUCAAAACAUUAAGCCAGUUUUUUACCAUUUACUUAAGCUGAUUCAUGGUGACAACUGUCUUAUUUUGUGGUACAAAUUACAUAGAUGUAUAACCUGUAGUAAGAAUGAACAUAACAAUUCUCAUAGAUAUAAAAUGUAAAUAAAAUAUGUAAAUGUGGUAUUGUUGAAUGAGCAUUAGGUGUUGUGUGAAUAAUAUAUUUUGUUAUGAAUGUUGUAAUUUACAAGAAAGAUAUUUAUAUACAUAUGUUGUAAAAUAUACACAUAUCCAUACACACUUUGCAGCAAGUGAUUUCAUUACAUACCCUUCCAUUUUAUUUUGGCAUUUUGUAUACACUGCCAAAGGAAAAGUUUAAUUACGAUUUACUACCAAUCUGUACAAAGUGCCUACAAGAGGUUUACAUUUGUGGAUACAUGUGCCUCUGUAGUACAUUAUUAUUGUAAUAGUGAACGAAUAUUAAAUUCACACAUCUGGUACUUUAAAAUUAAGUAGUAAUAUGAAGAAAACAUACAUUAUAGUAUUUGUUACAUUAAGAAGGAUCACAAACACACAUGGUAUUACCCAUAUUAAAAUAAGAAUAAUAUAUAAAUACAUUAAGAUUAGAAACAUUACAGAGUUUACAUUACUUAAGACCGACGACAAUAAAUAGGGAUGUAGUACGUUGAGUAACAUUGUCAUAUAUUACAUGACAAAUUAAUCCUUUAGUACACUCACUAGGUCAUUGAAUAAUCUAAGACAAUCAUAAGAAUAAACUCAGGCAAUAUAGAAAGGCCUAUACGAGUACACAAACGAAUAAACAUUAGACUACUAGUUAACUUACAGUAGAACAAAAACUAAACAUGUCUUAAUUUUUUAUCAAAUAUUUCAUAAGUUUAUUUAUGACCCGCAGUGAAAUUUACAGUUUUUUUUUGUCCUGAAAUAAAAUUGCAUUCGCUAUGUUCUUUCUAGACAUCGUUUUCCGCACUAUCUCUUAAAAAUUGUGAGCUGUAGCGCUAAGCAGCACACAGGCUGACGAACAUAUAAGAAUAAAUUUAGCCAAUCAGUGUAGGCUAAUGCGUAGCAAGUUUAAUAGUUCAGUCGGUAAUAAUCUAAAUUAUUUGUUAUUAAAUGCAAUAGAAACAAAACGAUCUCAUUUGAUAGCAAAUGUAGAUAGUUGUUUUAAAGUACCACAAAUUUGAAACACCAUUUGUUAAUUCACAGCCAACCAUAUAAGGAGUGAGGCAAUCAUCGUUUACGUAACAUAUGAGAGGCUAAUAUUGAUAAUGGUGUAAGUCACUUAUAUUCUGAAGCACUAGUGUUACAUUAAAUAUGUUUCAUACGAAAGCCCCUCUAAAUUAUUUAAUAUUUAUUAACUUUCUCACAAUCAUUCAAGCACUUAGUUGGUUCUGUCUUUUAAAUAUCGUAACAAAUAAUUGUUUUGUUAAAAAUUGGUAAUGUGCCUUAUUCCACUAUCAUUCUAAGCCUUUCAUAUCAUUGCAUGCAGUUACGGCAUUCAUAAUAAAAGGCCACUUAUAUUUUCCGAGUUUGAAUAGGAAAAUAUAUCUUUAUUCGUUAAACAUUUUUACUAAAGCCUGUUCUAUAGUGACACGGAACCGUAAGCAACGGAAACGCAUAACGGAAACUCAAACGCAAUCGCAAGAGUUGUGUUGCCAAUCUCAUGCCGAAGCGUUUCCGUGUCCGCUUGCGUCCACUGUUGCAAGUAUAUUAAAAUAUUCGUUUUUGUGCGUUCACUGUAGAACGGACCUAAUGAUUUAUAAGAACGGCUGAAAACAAUAGCGUCCGAAAUGAAAUAUGCUAGAUGUAUUUUACUGCAGAACAAUAAACGGCGAUUGUUUCAUCAGCUGCAAAAUAUUGCAUACAAACACAACUUUAAAAGCAACAGAGCAUUCGUUUAAUGGGUAAUAAUAAUUAUAUUAUAGUUUCUUCAUUCCAAAAGAAAGUAUCAUGGCAUAAAAAUAUCUUUCACGAUUCUCUGAAGUGUAAUCUGGCCUUAGUUCAGCGCGGAAAUCCUAAACAAUGACAUUCCGCCGCAUGCGCCAGCCAAGUGUCUCGAGGUGCCGGCUCGGUGCCGGGAAGCGGACACCACGUUCACUAUCUGCCUCGCGCCCUUUCCCCUGCCCACGCACUCUCCCUCCCUGGUGUCUGCUCGGCGGUCGGGUGGGGGAAGACACCAUCCCGCCUUUCGAGGGGCGGAAAGCCACGGCGAGUAGUUCCAGCGUCUGCCGCGAUUCCUGCACGAAGAUGAGCCCGUCCAAGCGCGCGAAGUGAUUUUCCCACGGACAUAGGCGGCGC